AUGCCACAAAAAAAUAUAGGCAGUCCAACGCCAGAAUGUUUGGUAGUAGUUGUUCUUGAUGGAACAUAUCGACUUGAAGAACAUUUUGAAACUUUACACAAGGCAUAUCUGGAGCAAAUAUUAAAACAUUUAAAAGCUCCAUAUAAGGAACAAGAGGAGAAAGAAACGAAAAUAAUUUUGCCCGUUUUGAGAUGUGGUCUCGUGGUAUUUGGGAAUUAUGAAGCUUAUUCCCCUUACCCCUUCAAAUCCCAUUAUUUUGAAAAUUUGACUCAGUUCGAGGAGCUAAUAAACGAAACUGAAUUCACUGAUGGAGGAACUUAUGAGAAUGCUGUUUCAGAAGGCUUGGUUGCUGCACUUGAAAUGUUCGAUUUACAUUCAUCGCAAAUAGAUCCCGAUGCAUCACAACCGAAAAAGCAUUGCAUUCUUGUGACAAAUAGUCACCCUUGUCCGGAUCCCGUCCAUCGUAACAUGAAUGGCAAAUACGACGAAUAUACGUUUGAGCAAAUAACUGAAGAAAUGCAAAAACAAUCUAUUCAUCUUUCAUUAAUCACUCCCGAAAAAGGAUUUGAUGAGCUAGAAAAUUUGGUUAAAUUAGUAAAUCGAGAUGUCGAAGUUCACGAAGCAUCCGAUGUCGUCAAACCUUCACAUGUAGUGAAAUUGGCAAAUUUUAAAGUAACAUUUUCACAACCAGCCGAAGUAGUGACUGAUAAAAAGAGGAAGCGCGAAGAUUCUACAUCUGCAAAUGAUGUACAUAACAAAGAUCAACCAGCGCCCGCAGGUUCUGCAAGUUCUUCACCUGAAAUUAAUAGUUCUCCGAUUACACGACUUUCCACUGUAGCAUCACCGAUAAAUAAUAUUCCUCCUCAAGGGGUAUCCACUCCUUCGGCAAUGGCUAACCAUAUUUUACCACAAACAAAAAUUCCUCAGCAGCCCCCACAUAGCAUGCCACAAUUGCCAAUUCAACAACCUGUUCCGGCCACCGUGCGACCUAUAACUGCUACACCUGCAAUGAUUAAAAGUCUUUCUCAAAUGACUCCAGCAGCUCAACGUACUAUGUUAGCAGCCUUACAAAAUAAUGGUGCACAAGGACCCGGACAAAUUUUCCGUAAUCCAACCAAUCAAAAUGCACAAAUCCUCCGCCUACAGCAGGAAUUGGUGAAUCAACAAAAUCUUAUGAGACGUCAACAGCAACAAUUAUCUCAAUUAGGAGUGAUUAGACAGCCUAUAGGAAAUUUUGUGGCUCCUUCUCCACCGAUCGGUUCUGAUGCGCAAACCAUUUUCAAUAGUCCACCUACUGCAUCAACAGUUGGGUUCACUACAACUACAACAUCGCCAGUUACUGGAUUUACACCUACGACAUUAGGUCUUGGAACAGGUGUUCCUACUACGAAUGUUGCACAAGUAGAUCAUAAUAAUAUUGGAAUAAGAGGCCACAUGCAUCAAAAGACUAUUAAUGCUUUAUGGAGUGGACACAUUGCGUGGUCAGCGAACUCCCAAGGCGGUCAAAAGCGUGAACUAAGUUGCCACGUGACGGCAUUUCCUGUCCCACAGAAAAAGACAGUUCCUUUAUCGUUAAGUGAUUAUAUGACAAAUCUUUGGCCAGAAAGGAUGGAAAUUUCUAAUACAAAUCUAGUUAGAGAUUUAUUCAAAGAUAUUCCAAAGAAUCCAAGUACAUUAGUUGUAUCAUUUUUGCCUACACCUACUACAGCAUCACCAGAAAAUCAAGAUACUUUUUUAAUAUUGUUGCGACUUUUGGAAAGUAGAAAACUUGCCGCAUUCAUACGAUUUCCUAGUGCCCCUAAUCCUAACGGUGGAUUGGUUUUAUUUUCAAAUGGACCUAAAAUUAUUGGUGUACUUUUCAUGAAUUCACCGUUGCCUACAAAUGCACCACAAUUACAACCACAACGACAACCACAACAAAAUCAACAAACUCAACCAACACCCCAAACUCAACAACAUGCUCAACCAAUGCAAGCUCAGAUUCAAGCACAAUCUCAACAGAUUGCUCAGAUGCAACAAUUAAUACAAAUUAAUCCUCAAAUGCCAACAACGAUAUUGCGACCACAAUCAGCAGCAGUUGCUCAACAAAUGCUUCGUCAGAGAAAUUUGCAAUUACAAUCUAUUUUACAGACAGCACCAAAUGAAUGGGUGGUCAAGAUAUGUUGA